UGUUCGUUGUCAGAUGUUUUUCCAAACACAACAUUGAGAAUCAGACCUAAAGGAGUGGACUUUAACCGGUUUGGCUACUCAAGAAAAUGAGAGUAGCAAACGGUAAUCCCAAAAGUGUCGAUCUUUAAGACAAAUCAUUCUCCCUUUUCAGAGAGAAUCCAUCGUUCCAAGCAUGCGAGCCGUUUCUGCAAGAUCGAAAUGCAUAGCCUCGUUUCCACUCUCGCGCCUUGGCCAUUCGACGCCCAUGUCUCCGCACGGCCCGACGACGCGCCCGUCGUCGCCGCCGCCGCCGCCGCCGCCGCCGUCGCUUCUCGACGAUUUCGCUGAGCACUGCCGUCGGAGAGACCUUCCCAGAGCCAUGAAGGCUAUGCACGCCAUGCAGAGGCACCGCAUCUGGGCCGACGCCAUCACCUACUCCGAGCUGGUCAAGUGCUGCGUGGCCAGGGGUGCCGUCGAAGAAGGUAAAUGGGUCCGCAAGCACGUUUUCUCUGGUGGGUAUCAGCCCAAGACCUUCUUGCUCAACGUCCUUCUCCACAUGUACGUCAGGUUCAACCUCUUGGGAGAUGCGGAGGCCCUGUUCGACGAAAUGCCCGACAGAAACGUCGUCUCCUGGACGACGCUGAUAUCGGCUUACGCGAAUAAGGGCAUGAACGAUAGGGCCCUGGAGUUUCUCAUUUUGAUGCUGAGGGAAGGUGUCCGUCCUAAUAUGUACACUUAUUCGUCGGUUUUGAGGGCCUGUGCGGACCUGGGGAUGCUUAGACAACUUCACAGUGGCAUUAUUAAGGUUGGCAUGGAGUGUGAUGACUUUGUGCGUAGUGCUUUGAUCGAUAAUUACUCGAAAUGGGGUGAGCUGCAAGAUGCCUUGGACGUGUUCAACGAAGUGGUGACAAAGGAUUUGGGUGUUUGGAAUUCUAUUAUUGGGGGUUUUGCGCAAAAUAGCAAUGGUGACGAAGCUCUUGAAAUGUAUAAAUGCAUGAAGAGAGCGGGUUUCGCACCUGAUCAGGCGACUUUAACUAGUGUUUUGAGAGCCUCUACUGCCUUAGCAUUGUUAGAAGUGGGAAGACAAGUGCAUGUUCAUGUACUAAAGUUUGAUCGAGAUCUUAUCCUCAAUAAUGCACUUCUUGAUAUGUAUUGCAAAUGUGGCAGUUUGGAGGGUGCAAACUCUGUCUUUAGUAGAAUGGUGGAAAGGGAUGUUAUAUCCUGGAGCACCAUGAUUGCUGGAUUGGCCCAAAAUGGUUGCAGUCUAGAGGCGAUGAGGCUGUUUGAACAAAUGAAACAUUCUGGUAUGGAACCAAACUAUAUUACCAUGGUAGGCGUUCUCUUUGCGUGCAGCCAUGCCGGGCUUGUUGAAGAUGGCUUGCACUAUCUCCAGUCAAUGAAAAGGAGUUUUGGAAUUGAUCCUGGUAGAGAGCACUAUGGUUGCAUGGUUGAUCUUCUGGGAAGGGCAGGGAAGCUGGAUGAAGCUGUUAAGUUGAUUGACGAAAUGGAAUGUGAACCAGAUGCUGUUACUUGGAGAACCUUACUUAGUGCCUGCAGAGUUCAUCGGAAUUCAGAUCUGGCAAUAUAUGCUGCUAAACAGGUAGUAAAACUGGAUCCGGAUGAUGCGGGUACCUACAUACUCUUGUCAAAUAUUUAUGCAAAUAACCAGAGGUGGGAAGAGGUCACAGAGAUUAGAAGGUCCAUGCGAGUAAGAGGAAUCACAAAAGAGCCAGGAUGCAGCUGGAUUGAAGUAAAUAAGAAGAUACAUGCUUUCAUCUUAGGGGAUGACUCACAUCCACAAGUAGAUGAGAUCAAAAGAUAUUUAAACCAGAUUGUCCAGAGGUUAAUGUCAAUAGGAUAUGUCCCAGACACAAAUUUUGUUUUGCAGGACCUUGAAGAUGAACAGAGGGAGGCUUCACUUCAAUAUCACAGCGAAAAACUCGCUAUUGCGUAUGGAAUCAUGAGCUUACCAAGAGAGAAGACAAUAAUGAUCAGAAAAAAUCUGAGGAUUUGUGGAGACUGUCAUACUUUCACAAAACUUCUAGCCAAGAUGGAGCAGAGGAUUAUUGUGAUAAGAGAUCCUGUCCGUUAUCAUCAUUUUAGGGAUGGAGCUUGCUCUUGUGGUGAUUUUUGGUGACAAAAGAUGUUGAAAAAGUAUCAAAAGCUUUUGUUUGCUUAACACAAGAGAGGAGGUUCUGCAGGGUGGAUAUCAGUGCUGGUGGUAGCAAUUGGUUUCGUGAUCUAUGUGAGACCUUGUCCCUGCAGCUGGCCUUAAGAUUAUAGGAUCAUCCAUCUGAUUGCUGAACGUGCGUUUCUUUCAUUUUACACAAUGAGCGAGAUUGUUCAGAAGGUUUUCCUGCCUAAUUAUUAGUUGGCAAACCUGCUGUUCAUAUCACUGUAUGCUGUGUUAAUUGCCAUUGUCAUAUCAAGAGUGAAACGAAGUAAAGCUACUUACAAUCCUCUUAAAGUUAGAAACGAUUAAAUCUAGAAACAAGACAGGAGCAAAUAUCCUAAAUCUCUCUGGUUUCCUCAAUCAGAGAUACAUCGAUUCACGUGAUUUGUUUCCCAAUGCAGAAAACAGGUCUUUGGAGGGUCAAGUGGAGUAGCAGACAUACUGACAAUGAGCCCUGUCUUUGCUGACAACUCAGGAAGUGAAGGUAAAGUGGAUGCAGACACUGAGGAAGUGAGAAUUAGUAAUUGAAAUGGAAAAAUUGCCAAUAGUGUAGAGGUAAGGAGCACAAAGUUGGGAAAAUCCAGUAGUUGCUGUAGAAGAUUUGAAAGAUCACGAGGAUCAUCCUGUAGAGCAAACUGCGGAAUUCAAGGAUGCACAAAUUAUUUUUUAAGCAAGUCUAUGUUGAAAACCAAAGGAGACAGAGGAGCUGUCCUCAGAGUCACCGAUGAUGAGCAUCCUGAGGACAUGGCUACGUCAGAAUACUCCCAUGCUAUGGAACAUGAAGAGAUAGAUGCACCAGACGACUAUGGUAUUAUUGACUGCCCAACUGUAAAUGAGCUUACAAUCGAGAACGAGAAAGAGUCAAUGGAGCGGGAAGUCUCUGCCAUGAUUGCAGAAUAUAUGGAUCAUGAGAAGAAGGAAGAUGGGAGUGCCCAAGGUUUAAGUGUUCAUGCCUCGAUACAAGUGAGAACGAACGUGCUAAAGUUUAUGCAAGUGAUAGUGCCCCUUGGGAUGUAUCUCAAUGUCAUUCCGAGUUCUCAAGGUGACGGCAAUGAAAAUAUUGAAUUAGGAAUUGAAAUGAAGAAUGAGACAUGCGUUGUGAGACCACAGCGAACGAUGUAUUUCCAUUUUAUCGAGUCAAUCUGCUCCUGUAAGACAGAAGCUUAUCGUGAAAACAGCCAAUUGUAUGAACUACGGAAAUUCCGAGUCAGGCUGAACGUCCUAAAAGUGAGCUUGGGUUAGAUUUUUGGCACGACACCCUUCAUUAAAAUAAAACACCACGAGCUUCA